CGAAAAAGACCAGCUCUUCCGAAGGGGUACUGCAAUGCGUAUCACUCCCUAAAAGCCAUGAUUUCCGAGAGUUCGCCAUGUUUGCAACGUUCAAAGGUGUCACCACCGCCUCAACUUUCAGCAACGAGGGCACGCCAAAGGGCGCGAAGCGGAAGCGUACGGCGGUCGAUCGAGCUUGCGACCGAUGCCGCCUUAACCGUAUAAAGUGUGAUAUUGAUCGCCCAUGUCGUAACUGUCAAUCAGCUGGUCGCCAAUGCAGCAAUGAUGGGUCUCGAGAAGUCCUCAAUCUCCCAGAAGCCAAUAGGGAGAUCGAGAAGCUGAGGGCACAAGUCGCGGAACUGGAAGCCCGUGUACGAGAAAAUGCAAUACAAGCGGCAUCAAUGCCCCUCAGUCCGCCUUCUUCCGAAGCUACUCCGGUCGCUUCUGGAAAACGGGAGCGUAAGAGAUCGAAUCAGAAGGGUGCCUGGAUUUCCGACCCAAACAGCCAUCAGGAUCAUUAUUUCGGACCGCUCUCCUCGCCCUAUUUCGUGCACCGGAUGCAGAAUUGGAUGAACAAGACCUUUCUUCAGGGAGGCGUACCGGAUUUAUUGCAGUUGAACUCAGCCAGUUCAACAUGUGCUAUGCCGGCGGACCUGCUACUUCAAAAGACUAUCUUACUGCAGCAUUCAACGGGUUCGGAGGAGCGCCAUGUGGGACACAAUCUAAGCAGGCUCCAAGAGGAGUGCUUCGUGAAUCUGUUUUUGCAGUCGAACUACCUUCUCACACCUGUAAUCGACGAACCAGACUUUAGAAGCUAUCAUGCCUCUCUUUGGACUGCAGCUUCACCAGACUCGGAAGGAUCUCGGCUGCCAUCUCCCCUCGUCGACAUCAUAGUGGCCCUGGGCAUGCAGUACGGCGACCAUCUUACAGUUCCAGUCGGCGAAGUAUCUGAUAGCGAUGCCGACUCAAGCAUUGGAGGAUAUUGGCUCUACCGACGCUGUGAGCUGCUCUUGUCACAGGAGCGUGAAUAUCCGUCCAUACCAACCAUUCAAUGUCAGAUAUAUUGUGUGGUCUAUCUGAUCAACGCGUCAUUGAUGAAUAUGGCAAACACUACACUCGCAACUACUAUACGGAUGGCCCAUUCCUUGGGACUGCAUCUUCCGCCUCCGGAUGUUUCUCCGAAUCGUAGAAACCUACUGAAGCGGAUCUGGUGGAACUUAGUAUUUGUCGACAGCAAGUUUUCGAUGAGAAUUGGCGAACCAUUUAUGGUCGAUCCGUCAGACGUCGCUUUGAGUCUGCCAACCAAGGACGAAGAUAAAGCAGCGAUAGGCGAAACAAGUGUAUUUACCUACGAGGACGUCAAUCUCUUUACGUAUUCUACGAUAAGUGUGAAACUUAUCCUAGCAGCUCGACACGUGUAUGAAGGAUUGCACGAAAAGUAUCUGGAGGUGCUGGAGAACAACGAUGGAAAAGAUAUCUACGACAACCCCAGCUUUCUCGAGGAAUGCGCCAGAUCGAUUCCUCCAGCUAUGAAGGCUCUCAAAGAUUGGACGCUGGAGGUAUCUGAUGCCCUCAAGAUUCAACGAAAAGGCUCAGCAGAGCCCUUCUCCACCAUUCGGGAUCCUCUGGACAUUGAUCAUUCAGCCCCAAUCUGGCUACAGAGACAGCGUCUACUCCUAGAACUACUUUAUCAUAACCUAGUCAUGUCACUCCUUCGACCAUUUAUUCGAUUUCACCCUGGAACCUCUUUCCUAACGCCCGUCGCAUGCGCACUAUCGAACUCGUGCAUCAAUCACGCAGCUGUCACUAUUGAUAUUGUUAGCCAAGUCCUCACCGAAACCGAUAUCCUCAAUAGUUGGCAUCAGGUCUAUCACUACACAUGGGACGCUGCACUCUCGAGCAUCGGUUUCGCGCUUGCCCAUCCGGUCUGCCCAUUCACACCAACUGCGCGGAGGACCAUCAACACUUCGAUAACCUGCUUUGACAAAUUCGCCGCCCAGAAUCUCGCAGCGGCAAAGCGUGUCGCCGAGGUAGUCCGCUCGUUCAAUUCCAUGCUCGAUACGCGGGCUAUCAACCUCCGUGGUACCGGCCCAAGGACCAGCCUGUCCGCUCAGCCUACACCGCUUUCACCCCGCUUUGCUUCCUCGACAAGUCUACAGCAGCCAGGAAAUCCAGCAGCUCAAGCACCGUUAAGGCCGCAGUCCGUGGGUCUGUCAGACAUCGUCUUUUCUCCCGGAAUCUUAGCUUCAGACGCCCCGAGCUCGGACUUCCCGUGGGACAUGUUCAGCGUGUUUGAUGAGGAGACUUAUUUAAGGGACGCAGGAUCAGGCGGAAUGGAGAAUGUAUGGCCAAAUUGAUAUCAUUUCACUCGGCUACUUGUGUAAGCUCUCCCAAUCGCAUUAGUGGGCAUACGCAGACUUUUUUUCAACAGCACUGUCUCGUAACACUUUGUCGAGCCGAAGAUAGCAUCACUUUGACGAUGUUGUUGGACGGUGCCUUGCCAAAAGUCUGGGCACUUGGCUUUCUCGCUGCUUGCCCC